AUGGGUGACAUAAGUGAGCGGUGGGCAUUGGAUGGUUCUAGGGUUAGGGUAAAAUUCGUGACACCUGACUCGGACGCCUUCUCAGCAAGUAUGAACGCAGAUGUCGACAACUAUCUGUCACAACAUCUUCCAACAAGGGCGCUCAGUAUUGUUCAGUCAUCACAAACAGUUGAUAGGAAACUCAAAGAGUGGUCAUUAUAUAGAGCUGUCGACAUUCAGAAAGAUAUAUUACAGGACCAUAGAGUUCGCCUACCAUAUAAGAGUGCUUGGAUGGGUAAGGAGAUUGCACAGGCCGCCAUUCAUGGUAAGGAGGUUGGUAGUUACGAUUUGCUUCUAUGGUAUGCGGAGGAAGUGGCUGAGAUGAAUCCUUGCAGUUUUUUGGGAUGCAGGCCAUUACUUUUUGUUGACGGAACUCGCUUGCUUGGCAAGUACGGCGGGAUUCUGUUAGGUGCAACUAUCAAAGAUGGUAAUGAGGGUAUCUUCCAUGUAGCAUUUGCAAUAGUUGACAAUAAAACAGAUGAUAAUUGGACUUGGUUUCUUGCUACCCUCGGGGAGGCAUUGUACAUUGAAGAUGAUUACGAGAAAGUUAUUACAUUCAUCUCGGAUCGGUCGAAAGGUCUUGUUAACGUAGUGUCGCAUGUGUUCCCAUUAUCACCGCAUGGUUAUUGUCUGCGCUAUUUGGAAGCCAACUUUAUGAAGGCCAACGGCAGCCUUGGGAAAUCAUUGGAAGAACAAUGCUGGGUAGUAAUCGUGAAAAUUGCAUACGCGUACACGUCUAAAGAGUUCAAUGAUGCAUGGUGCGAGAUGUAUUACAAUGUAGCGGAGUCUUUCAAUGCCUGGAUCAAAGAGGCAAGGCAUCUGCCGGUAACAAGUAUGGUCGAUACUAUAAGGUUUAAACUUAUCAACAUGCUUACUAAGCGACGCGAAGUAUCUACCAUGUGGGACACAUACCUUUGCCCUGAGAUUUGCCAGAAGGUUGAACAAAUCGUCGAAAGCAGUCGGUUCUCGAGGGUGGGUGGAUCAAGCGAUGACACUUACAAAGUGAUUGAUGAUCACAAUAGUGGUGUCAACCUACGCGUACGGAAAUGUUCCUGUAGGAGAUGGGAAGUACAUGGACUCCUGUGCAAGGAUGCAGCUGCUGCGAUUAUGCAAACAGACACAAAUGUGAACUGCUAUAUCGACAAAUAUUUUACAGUCGAAUCGUAUCAUCGUGCAUAUGCCGAACUAAUAUACUCAAUCCCUGACAGUGACAAGCCAUCGGAUGGCUCCCGCUAA